GCGGGCUGUGCCGCGAGGAAGCAGCGGGCGAGGGAGCGCUGCCGUUGGGAGUUGCGGGGAGAUGCCACCGAAGCCGCAGUUUACUAAAUUUGGCAAAGGAAAGGAAACUCUACCCAUACUCCAAAUGGAGCGCCAGCCCCUGCUGAGAGGGUCUAGCACGCACAGCAAGCUCCCUACCUGGACCUUGUUCCUGGCUAUCUGUGCUGUUGGAAUUGGAGGGACCUUUCAGUAUGGAUACAAUGUUUCCAUUAUCAAUGCACCCACCCAGCAUAUACACAUGUUCUUAAAUGAAACCUGGACCAGUCGAUAUCACGAGGCACUCAACCCCAGUCUGCUGACUUUCCUUUGGUCUGUCAUUGCUUCCAUAUUCUCACUUGGAGGCCUGUGUGGAGCCCUGAUGGGAGGCAGCAUGGCCAUCUGGCUGGGCAGGAAAGGAGCUCUUCUGAUGAAUAACAUCAUAGCGAUACUGGCCUCCAUUUUAAUGGGGAUCAGUUUUCCUACAGGAUUGUUUGAGUUGCUGAUUGCUGGAAGAUUUUUGAUUGGCAUAAAUUCAGGUAUUGGGAUCUGUGUGCAGCCUCUGUAUAUUGGAGAGGUUGCCCCAAAACAUCUUAGAGGUGGCAUGGCCAUGGGGACUUCCAUCUUUCUGACUGGGGGGAUUCUGACAGGACAAAUAAUUGGCUUAAGGGAAUUACUGGGUGGAGAAGCGUAUUGGCCUCUGUUGCUAUCCAGCAGCUGUUUACCAGCAUUUGCCCAACUUUUAUUCCUGCCAUGGUUUCCUGAAAGCCCCAGAUACCUUCUUAUAGACAGAGGUGAUGAGCUGAGCUGUGCCAAAGCACUGAAGCGAUUGCAUGGCUCUCCAGGGUACCAACAGGAGAUGGAAGAUAUCCAGCGGGAACGUUUCGCCUUGGAUGGGGAGAAACCCAGGAAACCCUGGCAAUUGUUCAGUGACCGCGGUGUGAGGUGGCAGCUGAUCACUGUGAUUGUGAUGACUAUGGGCCAGCAGCUGAGUGGGAUCAACGCGAUUUAUUUCUAUGCAACUUACAUUUUUGAACAAGCUGGGAUCUCAACAGAAAAAAUCCCAUAUGUGACACUUGGGACUGGAGCUUGUGAAUGCCUCACAGCCCUUACCUGUGGUUUACUGAUAGACUGUGUGGGAAGGAGAUGCCUAAUCAUUGGGGGAUACCUCCUCAUGACCUUUUGGAGCAUCGUUUUAACCUUCUCCCUGACUUACCAGGAGCUGUACUCAUGGGUGCCUUACGUGAGCAUGGCAGCUAUAUUUGCCUUCAUCUUGAGCUUUGGGCUGGGACCAGGUGGCAUAACCAACACCCUGACAGCUGAGCUGUUCAUACAGUCCUCACGGCCUGCUGCUUACAUGAUAGCAGGGGCUGUUAGCUGGGUUAGUUUCUUCACAAUUGGGAUGCUCUUUCCCUUUAUUGUGAACGGACUGAAGCAGUAUUGUUUUCUUGUAUUCUUGUUGGAGUGCUCCUCAGUUGCUGCUUUCAUCUUCUUUGUAAUUCCCGAAACAAAAAACAAAUCUUUUCUGGAAAUCAGAAAGGAGUUUCACAAGCUUAACUUUGGAAGAAACAGCAGAAAACUGGAAGCAGAGCUGAAUGAAAGAAGACAACUUCAGGAUGAAUUAAAAAAUUCCCAGUAAUUUAACAGCUGUAACAGAAUCUCAGCAGCCUCUUCUAAACUAGCAGUGUAGCAGCACAGCUGAGUAGCUUCUUAAAUCCUCCUGUGUGUUCAGAGGAAGUUUAAUCAAGAAAAGCUAAUCUUUCUGGAACGCCAUCACACAUGCAAUGCCAAGCUGCUAUUAACCACCUGUGUUACACAGGAUGCUCUGUAUACAAGGCUUUGUUUAGAUACAGCUGUGUUGGAGGGACGCAGAAACGCCAGGAAGGGUGUGCAAUGAUUCCUACCCCUGGAAGAUUCCUUCAGGUAACCCAGUAACUCUGAUGUUUCUAAGCUCCUUCUUUAGACUGGGGUGACAAAUCGGCGUUAAUGUUUUACUGAAUGAAGUAUUCUGAUGCCUUAAAGCCCAAACGUGAAUGGACCUGCUGAGAAACCAGCUCUAGGAAUAGGCUCAUUUAGGUGCUUAGUUGCCAUUUUUGAGUUCUGAGAGUGAAGAAUGUUGCAUAUCCAGCUCUACUGCUGUUACUGUACAGGCACUACAGCAUCCACACAUUAUGGUAUUUGUAAUCAAGCUGACAGAAAGACUUAUUUCGUAGCACUAAUAAACAGCUUUUGGGGGUUGA